AUGUACCAACCGCCCCAAUUCACGCUCGCCGACAUUCACCGCCGCACGCACCGCACCACUGCUACACGCAUUUUCUAUGUGCUGCGCCGCUGGCCUAUCAUCCCAAUCCUCAUCAUCGUAGCUCUCGUUACCUGCGCCGCCUUCGCCGAAUACAUCUCACCCAGCCUGCCCAACCGUCAGGACCUUCGCGACCGCACAGCCGCGCCCUUCUGGUACCCGCAAUGUGUCGGCGACGAAAAGCCCUAUUUCGACUACUGCAGCAGAGGCGGCAAGUACAUUCUCGGAGCCGACCCGCUGGGGCGUGAUGUGCUGUCUCGCAUCAUCCACGGCGCUCGCAUCGCGCUGACGCUCGCGGUGAUUAGCAUAACCAUCGGUACGCUGGUCGGCACGACGCUCGGCUUGGCGGCAGGUUACUUUGGACAGAGUCGUUGA